AUGCGUCAGGCCAUCCCGCUCGUGUCCGCUCUUUUGGCUGCGUCCCCCGCCUUGGCGGCGUACAACUUGGUCAAGGAGUAUUCCGGCACCAACUUCUUCUCCGGGUGGGACUUCUAUGACAACUUCGACAACACCACGAACGGUGACGUCAACUGGGUUAGCCAGGCCAAUGCUACCCAGUCGAAGAUCGCAUAUGUCAACGACGCCGGCCAUGCGAUCGUGAAAGUCGACGACACUAGCUUUGUGCCGUACAACAGCAAGCGGGACUCGGUCCGGGUCACCACCCAAGACUACUUCCCCGUGGGCACCGUUGUAGUGUUUGACGCGACGCACUUGCCGUUUGGCUGCUCAGUGUGGCCAAGCUUCUGGAUGAAGGGCAUGAACUGGCCGAAGGGCGGCGAGAUUGACAUCUUCGAGGGCGUUAACAUGAUGACGACGAACCAAAUGGCGCUGCACACCCAGUCAGGCUGCUCGUUGUCCUCCACCGCGACGAUGACCGGUAAGGCCGGGACCACGGACUGCUCCUCAGGCACUGGGUGCACGGUGGACGAGACACAGGCCAACAGCUAUGGGUCCUCGUUCAACAGCGCGGGUGGUGGCGUGUGGGCCAUGCAGCUCGAGACGAGCGGGAUCAGCAUCUGGUUCUGGACGCGCAACAGCGUGCCCGACUCUGUCACCAAUGCGAACAAGACUAUUGACCCUUCUGGGUGGGGUACCCCGUCCGCCUCGUUUGGGUCUUCGUCCUGCGACAUCAACGAGUUCUUCGCGCCUCAGCAGAUGGUUAUUGACAUCACACUCUGUGGUGACUGGGCUGGUGUUGCCUCGGAAUAUCAAGCGACUUGCGGCGGAGACGGAACUGCGUCUGCCUGUUACGUGGACAACGUCAUUAACAACGGCACGAACUACACCGACGCGUUCUUCGAGAUCUCGUACAUCAAGGCGUUCUCGACUGACUCCUCAACGCUCGUCGCGAGCGUCGUCGGAGGGAGCACCAUCCUCGCCACUGCCACUGCAGCCGUAGAUAGCGGCUCCGUAAACGAGGGCCUGCGCAUCUUGCCCGGCCUCGUAGGCGUCAUGGUCGCCUCUAUUGUGGCCGCCUUCUCUUGGGUUAUGCUGUAG